GACAACAGGAAUAGGCUUGGAUUCUUAGGGCUGAGGGAAAAGAGGCCGUGCUUGAGUCAAUCUGCAGCUUUGUUGCUAAACACUUUUCCUUUCCACGCCCGAGGCAAAUUUUCUAAAGUCGCAUGGACCCAACCCUGCCAACUCCUUAAAACUGGGAAGGCGGAAGCUAACUGCCCGGAAAAGCCGGUUGGGCCGCUCUCUGGCUCAUAAAUGGUGUGCACUAGUUGGCGGGCCCCGCCCCCUUUCACUGAGGAAGGCCACCAUUGGUUUUCUUCAAGGCUUCGUAUUCUUAUUGGUCAAUGAGCAAAGGUCGUUGUGCAGAUGGGGCCCAAAGUUUCUUUUGGUUUCCGGUGUCCCUGCUAUGGCUACUCCAGAUUCGCUGGCGCUGUUCACCGGCCUUGGCCUUAGCGAAAACAAGGCCCGAGAGACCCUGAAGAACGCGGCUCUGAGCACUCAGCUGCGCGAGGCGGCGACCCAGGCGCAGCAGACUCUGGGCGCUACCAUCGACAAGGCUACUGGGACCCUACUAUAUGGCUUGGCCUCCCGACUCAGGGAUACUCGGCGUCUUUCUUUCCUUGUGAGCUACAUAGCCAAUAAGAAGAUCCACACUGAGCUCCAGCUGAGCGCUGCUCUUGAAUAUGUUCGGAGUCAUCCCCUGGAUCCCAUUGAUACCAAGGACUUCGAGCAGGAAUGUGGUGUGGGUGUGGUGGUGACACCAGAGCAGAUUGAGGAAGCGGUGGAGGCCACCAUAAAUAAGCAUCAUUUCCAGCUCCUGGCGGAACGGUACCGCUUCAACAUGGGGCUGCUAAUGGGAGAGGCUCGGGCUGCGCUCAGAUGGGCAGAUGGCAAAAUGAUCAAGCACGAAGUGGAUAUGCAGGUCCUCCACCUUCUGGGACCCAAGAUGGAAGCUGAUCUGGAGAAGAAGCCCAAGGUGGCAAAGGCACGACUGGAAGAAACAGACCAGAAGUCAGCAAAAGAUGCAGUGGAGAACGGUGACAUGGCUGGCCAGACCCUGUCUCUAAUGGAGCAGCUCCGGGGGGAGGCCCUUAAGUUUCAUAAACCAGGUGAGAACUACAAGGCACCAGGCUAUGUGACCACGCCACAUACCAUGGAUCUGCUGAAACAGCACCUGGAGAUCACUGGGGGACAGGUACGUACCCGGUUCCCCCCAGAGCCCAAUGGAAUUCUGCAUAUUGGACAUGCAAAAGCCAUCAAUUUUAACUUUGGUUAUGCCAAGGCCAACAAUGGUAUCUGUUUUCUGCGCUUUGAUGACACCAACCCUGAGAAGGAAGAAGCAAAAUUCUUCACGGCUAUUUAUGACAUGGUGACUUGGCUGGGUUAUACACCUUACAAAGUGACAUAUGCUUCUGACAAUUUUGACCAGCUGUAUGCCUGGGCCAUGGAACUCAUCCGAAGGGGUCAAGCUUAUGUGUGUCACCAGAGAGUGGACGAGCUCAAAGGUCAUAACCCUUUACCUUCACCAUGGAGGGACCGGCCUAUUGAGGAAUCACUGCUGCUCUUUGAGGCAAUGCGCAAGGGCAAAUUUGCAGAGGGCGAGGCCACACUUCGAAUGAAGUUGGUGAUGGAAGAUGGCAAGAUGGACCCUGUGGCCUAUCGAGUCAAGUACACGCCACACCAUCGCACAGGGGACAAAUGGUGCAUCUACCCCACCUACGACUAUACACACUGUCUCUGUGACUCCAUCGAGCACAUCACCCACUCAUUGUGUACCAAGGAGUUCCAGGCUCGACGGUCUUCCUACUUUUGGUUAUGUAAUGCGCUGGAUGUCUAUUGCCCUGUUCAGUGGGAAUAUGGCCGCCUCAAUUUGCACUAUGCUGUUGUCUCAAAGCGGAAGAUUCUCCAGCUUGUAGCAGCUGGUGCUGUUCGGGACUGGGAUGAUCCACGGCUCUUCACACUUACUGCCCUACGACGACGGGGUUUUCCACCGGAGGCUAUCAACAACUUCUGUGCUCGGGUGGGGGUCACAGUGGCACAGACCACAAUGGAACCUCAUCUUCUGGAAGCCUGUGUGCGUGAUGUGCUGAAUGACACAGCCCCACGUGCCAUGGCUGUGCUAGAGCCACUACAAGUUGUCAUCAUCAACUUUCCUGCUCCCAAGCCCUUGGACAUCCGAGUGCCAAACUUCCCAGCUGAUGAGACCAAGGGCUUCCACCAGGUUCCUUUUGCUUCCACUGUCUUCAUUGAGAGAACUGACUUUAAGGAGGAGCCAGAACCAGGCUAUAAGCGCCUAGCUAGGGGCCAGCCUGUGGGCCUGAGACAUACUGGUUACAUCAUCGAACUGCAGAAUGUUGUCAGGGGCUCCGGUGGCUGUGUGGAAUGCUUGGAGGUGACCUGUAGGCGAGCUGAUGCUGGAGAGAAGCCCAAGGCCUUCAUUCACUGGGUGUCACAGCCUCUGGUGUGUGAAAUUCGCCUCUAUGAUCGACUAUUCCAGCAUAAGAACCCUGAAGACCCUGUCGAAGUGCCUGGUGGCUUCCUAAGUGACCUGAACCCGGCAUCGCUACAAGUGGUAAAAGGAGCGUUAGUGGACUGCUCUGUGGCUUUGGCAAAGCCCUUUGACAAGUUCCAGUUUGAGCGCCUUGGGUACUUCUCUGUGGAUCCAGACAGCCAUCAAGGACAGCUUGUCUUCAAUCGAACUGUCACACUAAAGGAAGACCCAGGCAAAGUAUGAAUUGAAUCCAUGUGGCCCUACCUCAUCCUGGAGGCUGGGGGUGCCCUCACCACCCCACACUCCGUUUCAAUAAACAAUAACUCAAUCCC